GUGGAUGGUCCAAUUUUUUCACCACAGCUUCAAUAUCUUCCAAGUCUACCUCCAAUUAGGAGUAAGCUACAGUACUUAGAUCUUAGUAUGGCUGCAAUAGAACCCCCAGCGCUUGAGGAGUUGUUGAGUGUGUGUUUUGACCUGAAGAAAUUGAGUCUCGAGCAUUGUACUAUCAACCAAACAAUUUGCUCACACAUCGCUAACAACCCUAACUUAGAUACGCUUAAUAUGGCCAUGUGCUAUGGCUUGAACCACUCCAGUAUUCUUUAUAUACUCACUAACUGUAAAAAAUUGGUAAGUUUGAAUUUAGCUUGGACGGGAUUGUCUAAUGAGGAUCUUCGGAUAAUAUGCCGUCGCUUUCCCAAAUCACUCGAGCGGUUGAAUAUUUCCGGUUGCAGAAACACAUUGUCUGAUACACAUGUAAGAUUGUUGGCUGAACAGUCACCUGGCUUGGUAGAAUUAGAUGUGAGUGAUUGCACUCAGCUUACUGCUGCUUCUGUAUCUACAAUAAUUAGUGAACUGCGUCACACAGAAUAUUUAGCCUUCUCACGCUGCUACACCAUACAGCCAGAUGCUUACCUGGAGUUGAAGUCCAUGCCACAUCUGCUCUACUUGGAUCUGUAUGGCAUACUGAAUGAGAGUGCACUCAGUACCCUGCGACAAAGCCUGCCACACAUACAAAUUAACAAAUAUCUAUUCUCUUCCGUGGCUCGGCCUACAGUCGGUAUACGCAGGACGUCUGUUUGGGGUCUGAGAGUCAGAGAUUAAAUUCAUCCAUGCUAGGAUACAAAUCCUUGUAUAUGACAAGUCAGCUACUAGCAUUUUCAUGGACUUCCCAAAGACCUAACAAGUAGUCAUGUAAGAACAAGUGCCUUAUUUAUUAAUCCAAGAUAUUUGAUAAAUGUGAUCUGAGUGAAACAGACAUCAAGGCUUUUAACAAAUAUUUGCAAUAAAACCUGCAGUAGAAAAAGACCACUUGGGAGGUAAGUAUGAAAUAAAUUUCUGAAAUGCUCUAUUGUAAAUAUCUGGCUAGUGUAUUCCAGUGCAACGUGAAUAAGACAAAACAAGUGAUGUAUGAAGUGUGUGAAUGUAAAAGAAUGACAAUGUUUUAUACAGUGAUGUGAAUGAUUCAUUUAGAGAAGAAUUUCCAGAAGUGUAUGUAUGUUAUAUUUUCAUGUGGUGGUAUUAAGGGAUGCACAUGUCCCCUGUGCUUUAUAAUGCAAGAUUAAUUGAUUUCUUUUAAAGCACUGCCAACAAAUGCAUCAUACUGUACUUUUUGAACUGAUAAGGUACUAUACUGAAUGUUGUGAAAAUUCUUAGCUAUUUGGAGUAAUGCUACAAAAAGAAUAAUGCCUGAAUGAUCAAGCAAUUGAAUAUUUCAUGUUUAAUUUUUUCUCCAUAAUUCCGGAAAAAGUGACAUUAGUUAUCCAAACCAGAUAUAUUUCUCACCACCUGUUAAUAAAUUUGAAGGAAAGAUUUCAUGGUGUCAUAUACAUCUUAGUGGUAACAUUCACCCACAGAUUUGUUGCUCAAUGUAGAUUAAUCAGUAUGUGCCUGACAAAACAAAGGACACUGCCAAGAGAUACCCACAAAUUGUGUUCUGCAUUCUCAUCUGUGGUUCUUAGAAUUCUUGUAGGUUUAUACAUACCCUCUUUAAAACCGAAUAACUGGUUUUCAUCUGUUUUGAACCCUUAUUUCUGUAAUAUUAUGAGUAGCAUUGUUUAUUAUUGCAGUUAAUAGUGAUAUCUAAAUAUAAAUGAAUUUUCCUUAGUUGUUAAUAUUUGAUUUUUUAGGCUUUAUCAUAAAUUUGAUUAGGGUAAAGAUGUCAUAACAUGAUUUAUUUAAAAUUUCAUGUGAAAUGAUUGUGAUGAUCUGGAGGACACCAUGUAUUGAAAAAGACCGCACUAAGACAUAUGUUCGGGAUAGCAAUAAGGGAUGUAUUAUAGGAAACAAAAUUUAUAUCAUAACAAAAUUAUAUCAUAACAGUAGAUAGUAGAAUUCCUGCAUUAUAAUUUUAUGUAGUGAAAAUUGUUGUAUAAACCAUCUUAUCUGUGAUAGAAUUCUUUUAUGCCACAGUUCCAUGUUAUCAUUAUAAGAGUUAUUAGCUCUAUUGUAAGGGACAAACUUGGUGAAGAAGCAUUAAGUAUGGAUUUGUUUAUUUUAAAUUACAAAGUAAAUAUAAUUUAUAAUGAUUACUUAAACAGCCAAUGCAUUGUUUAUUUAGCUCAAUUUUCAUUACAUUUCACCAAGUAUUACUUAUUUUGUUAAUAAAUUUGAACUUUUGUUUCUCAUUAUUUUGUGCAUGGUUUUCAUGCAGCUUCACUGAGAAUGAACAUUUGUAGAGUUUACAUUUAGUUUGGAAUUUUGUUAGAAUAUCAGUGAAUUUCAUUGUUAAAAUUGAAUUUCUAAGAUUGUUAGUCAAUACUUGGAAAUUAUAAAUAAUUGUAUGAUGUAAAUGGGUAGUAAAUACAAGAUUAAAAGUGUGUUUAUAA